CCACUGCGACGCCGACGCAAUUUCCUUUCACCGUAUUUAAAACGCGUCCGCAGCAGUUCCCACCAGUUCCUGCAUCUAUCAGCACGGCUAAGUACAGUCUCUCCCCGGUGUCUCCAGGGAAGGAAUCGUUCGGGUCCGGUACCCGAUGCUGCUGACGUUGGGUUUGCUUCUGAUGCUGCCGGACACCGGUGCCGUUCACCACCAACGAUCCGACCAGUCGCCGCUCUCGUUCGCGAACGACGCGCUCAGCUCUGGCAAGUCUCCGGCGUCCAGUCGCGGUAUCUUGCUGACCAGAAUUCUGCAGGAUGACCAACUCCAACGGAUCGUCCGGUUACCUGGGAUCUGCGCCAAAGAGACCAUCGUUCGUUGGGGAGACACCGACGUAACGUUGAGGCAGAUCUGGCUGGAAGAGACGGGCAGAUGUUUGCAAUUGAUAUACGAGGGUCGGACGUUGACGGACUGCGUGGACGAGGACCUGGGCGACGAGGAACCGUGCGCGUCGGGAACGACGCGCGACGAUCACAACGACCGAACGUGGUCCGUCGAGCUGUUCGACGUGGACGAACGUCGUCGGGAGAACGCGUCGGGAAUUCCGCGGGACCUCUCCUGGCUCUCGUCCACGUCCGAACUGCGUCGCCGGUGCAACGCUGCGAGGAACAGAGCGAGGAGUCAGCUGAUCGCGGCGCAACACCAACGAAGGAGAUACUCGAAUCUGGUGGUGGGAAACGGUACGAGUGCCCGGGAAGGAGGAAGACCAGGCGGAAAGAGCCGUUCGCGGAGGGACCUGCUGAUGAUCCCGGGUACGCAAUGGUGCGGGCGCGGUCACAGGGCGACCAAGUACACGAAUCUCGGCGGUUUCGGUAAAGCAGACGCCUGCUGCCGCAGACACGACACCGCGUGUCCCUUCUUCAUCCCGGCGUUCGAGUCGCGCUACGGGGCGUUCAACUGGGGUAUCUCGAGCAUGAUGCACUGUGCCUGCGACGAACGAUUUCGUACGUGUUUGAAGAUGGCUGGGACAGCGUCGGCAAAUUUCAUCGGCAAGAUCUUCUUCGACGUUCUGAGAACCAAAUGUUUCGUAUUGAAACCGCGAAAGGUCUGCGCGAAACGCUCCUGGACGGGCAAGUGUCAGCGUCACGAGUAUCGGAAACAGGCUCAUAUCCGCGACAACGUUCCUUAUCACUAGACCCAGCGCGGUCCAA